AUGGACUUCUUUGAAAAUGGUCAUUACAAUUUUAUCCGGAUCAGUCUUUCUCCAAUCGGACUUUGGCCUUCCACCGAACCAAAAACCAGAUUAAUUCGAAGGUUUAUCGUUAUACUUAAUUGUUUCUCUAUUUUAUUGUUACAGACGCUAAAGAUCAUUAUGAAUAACUAUAAAAUAGAUAUCAUUUUCGAAAUUUUACCGUAUCUUCUUGUCUGUUUCGCUGGUAUGUUUAUGCACUUAAAUAAUUCUAUCAACUCAUCACAGAUGUAUAGACUUUUAGAGAUCAUCAAAAACGAUUGGUGCGAACAAGAAGGGACGAAAGAAUUUGAAAUAAUGAAAAAAUAUGCAUGGGAUUCCAAAAUCUACUCGAUAAUAAUGUUGGCAAUACUUUUUUUGCCGAUUUAUAUAAUAAUGAUUGCAUCUAUUCUACCUCUUACUCUCGAUUUCAUCAAUCCCUUAAACGAGACUCGCCCACGGGUCCUUCCAUUUUUAAUGGAAUUUUAUGUCGAUGAACAGAAAUACUUUUGUCCACUGUUAAUGAUAAUAUUUAUUAUGAUAUUAUUAUUAGGCCUAACCGUGAUAAGCAACUGUACUCUAUUUUUAGUCUUCAUACAACAUCUUUGCGGAAUGUUCUACGUCGUUGGUAAUAUGGUCGACAAUGUCUUCAACGACAAACAUUGUUCUGAACUUGAAACUUAUGCGAAAAUAGUCCGUUGUAUAAAAUAUCAUAAAGAGGCAUUAGAAUUUGAAAUGAAACUGCGUGCCUUAUACGAACACGUUUACUUGGGAUUAGUUAUAAUAGGGCUCUUUCUUAUGGCUACUUCUAUUAUACAGCUAAUACAAAAAAAUGCAUUCAAACUGGAAAAUCUGAUAGAAUCUUCGGUAUCCAUCACCAUUUUUAUCAGUAGUACGAUCAUAAUAUAUUUAAAGUGCUAUUUUGGUCAGAAAUUAAUCGAUCACAGCACUUAUCUAUUGAACAAAAUAUUCAAUACGCCUUGGUACUUGCUUACUAAAAAAUCACAGAUAUUACUCUGGUUUAUGAUGGCAAGAAGCACAAAACCAUGUUAUUUAUCAUUUGGCAAGCCCUUUUGUAUAUCUAUUCAAUUUUUCGCAUCGCUUAUUCAAUAUGCCAAAGGUAUGAAUAUUGAAUAA